AGAGAGAGAGCUGGUGACUCCGAGACAGAGAGAGAGAGCUGGUGACUCCGAGACAGAGCACAACUACCAGACUGAUUAAGGAUGUUGGGCCUCCUCCUGUGUGUGAGUUCCUUCCUCCUCCCCCUCCUCUCCCCCUCCCUCGCCCAGGGAUCAGGGCAGAGGGUGCGCCUGGCAGGUGGGAGGCGGGGCCCCAACGAGGGUCGAGUAGAGGUGUUCUAUAACGGGGCGUGGGGGACGGUGUGUGAUGACGAGGUGGAUAUUAACCUGGCCAACGUGGUGUGUCGAGAGCUGGGCUUCUCACGCAGUCUCACCUGGGCUCACAGCUCUAAGUUUGGGGAAGGACAAGGUCUGAUCUGGUUGGAUAACGUGCACUGCAUGGGGACGGAGCUCUCCCUGUCUGACUGUCACUCCAACGGCUGGGGGAUAAAUGACUGCACCCACUCUGAGGACCUGGGGGUCGUCUGUAGCACCGAGAGGAGGGUCGACUACUCCCCUAACCAGGUAGAGGGCUCCCCUACAUCCCUGGCCGUCCCAGUGGCCUCGGCCCGACCACAGAGGAUCCCCAACCUCUCCACACCGCCACGUCUAUCCACAGUCCAAGACAGGGUGGCCCCUCCUCCCCCUGCUCACAUCACAUCCCCCGGGAGAAGGGGUCAUGAGAUCGCCCUCCACCGCAACACCCCCAGAGGUCAGGGUCAAAGUUCACGGCAACAGCGUCGGGGUCAUGAUAUCCACUUGCGUCCCCGGAACGGCCAGAGUCAGGCGGGAGGGGAGGCCAGGACGAGACAGGAGAACCCGGCCGUGCCCCAGGGGCAUCAGAUCCCCCCCCGGCUGGGGAAUGGUGCAGCCUACAGGCAGGCCCAGGAUGUGGGGCGGACCGGACCACAGGCGGCCAGAUGGGAGGCACAGAUCCCCAGGCAGCCCAGUGGGAACCAUGUUGAACCAGAGGCAGAAAUCACCAACAUGGACCUGGAGACAGACAUCACAGACGGACAGACGGCCAGUAGGGUGAGGCUGGAGGAGGUACGUCUCCGGCCUGUUUUGACAGGCGUCCGCCCCGGCCUGUUGUCAGAGGGCGUUUUGGAAGUGAAGCAUGCUGGGAGGUGGCGUCAUGUGUGCGACCAGGGCUGGGACCUCAGCGGCAGCCGUGUGGUGUGUGGCAUGCUGGGAUACCCCUCCGCCGAGGCAUACGACCACACCGUCUAUAGGAAACUAUGGGACGCCAAGUUGGCAGAUCCCUCUACAAGACUAGCAGGUCUGUCCAGUAAGAAGGGUUACUGGGUAGAGCAGGUCAAGUGUUUGGGUACAGAGCCUGUCCUCUCCCAGUGCCACUCCCAGCUCUCCCUCCCCAGGAACCAGGUCACCUGUCAGGGGGGCAUGUACGCCGUGGUGCGCUGUGUACCUGGACACCAGUUCACACGCCUCUCCUCGGGGAGACCGCCCGCUCCCCCCGACGUCCAGCAGGGGGUGCGUCUGAAAGCAGGCCCCAGGCUGGGGGAGGGCAGGGUGGAGGUGCUAAGAGAGGGGAAGUGGGGGACCGUGUCGGACCACCUGUGGGACCUGAAGGCAGCCAGCGUGGUAUGCAGGGAGCUGGGGUUCGGAUCGGCCAAGGAGGCCCUCAACAAGGCCCAGCUGGGACAGGGUACUGGACCUAUUCAUAUGAACUCAGUUCAGUGUACAGGCAGAGAGAAGUCUCUGCUGCAGUGUUCUUUCAGGGAGGUUCCUCUCUAUAGUGUAAAACACACUAAUGACGUGGCUGUGCGCUGCAACGUCCCCAACACUGGGCUGGAGACCACGGUACGGUUGGCGGGGGGCAGGGAACCUGCAGAGGGGCGUGUGGAGGUGCUGAUGGAGGUGGGAGGGGUUCAGCGCUGGGGGGCCGUCUGCAGUGAGAACUGGGGCAUCAACGAGGCCAUGGUGGUGUGCAGACAGCUGGGCUAUGGCUUUGCAACAGAGCCCCACCAGGAGACGUGGUACUGGCCCGGAGCUCCGGAGGCAGCAGAGGUGGUUCUGACUGGAACCCACUGCAUCGGCACAGAGAUGUCCAUUCAGCAGUGUCGUAGGAACACACAGGUCUACUGUCCCAGGGGAGGAGAUGGCAAGGCGGCUGGGGUCACCUGUGUUGAGACGGCCCCUGACCUGGUAUUAGAUGCCCAGUUGGUCCAGGAGACAGCCUACCUGGAGGACCGCCCCUUGCACCUCCUGACCUGUGCCAAUGAGGAGAACUGUCUGUCAUCCUCUGCUGCCCGGAUGAGCUGGCCUUACGGACACAGACGCCUGCUACGAUUCUCCUCACGCAUCAUGAACAUGGGCCGGGCCGACUUCAGACCUAGAGCGACCAGGGAGUCCUGGACCUGGCACCAGUGUCACAGGCACUACCACAGCAUUGAGGUGUUCACCCAUUAUGACCUUCUGACCCUGAAUGGAACUAAGAUCGCUGAGGGUCACAAAGCCAGCUUCUGUCUGGAGGACACCUACUGCCCUGAAGGUAUGCAGAAGCGAUACUCGUGCUACAACAUGGGAGAGCAGGGUAUCCAGGUAGGUUGCUGGGAUACGUAUCGCCAUGACAUCGACUGUCAGUGGAUCGACAUCACAGACAUCAGCCCCGGGGAGUACAUCUUUCAGGUUGAAGUGAACCCCUCGUUGGACAUGGCCGAGUCAGACUUUCAGAACAACGUGAUGCGUUGCCGCUGCAAGUACGAUGGAGGACGUGUCUUCAUGUUCGGCUGCCACGCUGGUGAUGCAUACAGUCCAGAGGUGGAGGAUCUGUUUGAGCACCAGCGUCAGAUCACCAACAACUUCCUCUAACCAACGGAACAACAGAAGAACCAAUGGGAGAUCUCCAUCCAACAGAACAACGAAUGAGAGACUUCAGAACAACCAGUCAACCAAUGGGGGUUCUCAGGGCAGAGCUUUGGAACCACAGCUCAUCUCAACUUACCCAAUCAGUGGAGAGGAGCUGGAGGAGAACCAGGAAGCCGGGGUUGGAAUGGACUGUGGGAGGGAGGGGGGAGGAAGGAAGAGGGGAGGGAAGGGAAGGGGGGAAUUGUUUCUGGAAAGGUCAAAGAAAGAAUCACCUGAACAUCAAGCAAUCAUCGCACCUUCCCCAUCACUAACCAUAUCUCUGAGAGAGAGAGAGAGAGAGAGAGAGAGAGAGAGAGAGAGAGAGAGAAAGAAUAUAGACAGAGACGUAUACAGGACUUAUGGGUAGUUGUGACACGUUUCUCAGUUGGAAUUGGACCGUAUCAAGCUGUCACAUGUGUCAGGUGUCACCAUGGUAACAGGAUUUAGAUUAAAGUAGAGAUGCUUGUCUUGAAACAAAACAAUUAUGAGCAACAUGGGAGUUAUUUACAGAUUUGAAAUGACGGAAAAACAACAAGAUAGUUCCCUAAGAUUCAGACAUACUAUGGUUAUGUAGCACAGGAGGCUGGUGGCAUCUUAAUUGGGGAGGAUGGGCUGAUAGUAAUGGCUGCAAAGGAAUUAUAUGGAAUGGAAUCAAACACGUGGUUUCAUGGUUUCCAUGUGUUUAAUACCAUUCCAUACCAUUCAUUCACUCCAUUCCAGCCACUAUUAUGAGCCGUCCUCCCCUCACCAGCCUCCUGUGAUAUGUAGGAAGGGUACACUAAGGUACAUGAGUAUUACAUGUAUGUUUAUCAAAUCACAAACGGUGUAUAUUGUAUGAGAUGGUUGUACCUAUUUAGUGACGAUGGGGCAAAGCGACCUUGUUUAAAAGGUACACUCAGUUAGGUGGCAUUGCAAUACAUACAAAAGAUUCGGACCGAAGGCUCUUCACCAAAUGAUACAACAUAAAUAUACACAUUAAACACAACAUAUGUAUAUAUACACAUACAGAAUACAGAAACACAGUCAUGUGAAGCACAAAUCAGCAUUCAUCCACAAAUAAAACCCCAAUCAAUACUGCCCGAACGGCACCAGAACGUCAACAUGAAAUGGAUUUUCAAUUUUGUUCCAGCAAUACGAUGCAUUAAAAACAAAAAGCAGAUUUACCUGCCGGAGACCAAGUUAACCAAGUCUUAGGUAAUUCAGGUGUCUAUACUUCAACAGCAAAGUUAGAUAAGACCUUGUAAACAACAAGGGUGUCUUCCUGCUUGCAGACAUUUUGAAUUCUGUUUAUGUCUGUGUUUAUGUCUGUGUUUGUGUCUGUGUUUAUGUCUGUGUUUGUGUCUGUGUUUAUGUCUGUGUUUGUGUCUGUGUUUAUGUCUGUGUAUAUGUCUGUGUUUGUGUCUGUGUUUAUGUCUGUGUAUAUGUCUGUGUUUGUGUCUGUGUUUAUGUCUGUUUUUAUGUCUGUGUAUAUGUCUGUGUCUGUUUUUCUGUCUGUGUUUGUGUCUGUGUUUAUGUCUGUGUAUAUGUCUGUGUUUAUGUCUGUGUUUGUGUCUGUGUUUAUGUCUGUGUAUAUGUCUGUGUUUAUGUCUGUGUUUGUGUCUGUGUUUAUGUCUGUGUAUAUGUCUGUGUUUAUGUCUGUGUAUAUGUCUGUGUUUGUGUCUGUGUUUAUGUCUGUUUUUAUGUCUGUGUAUAUGUCUGUGUCUGUUUUUCUGUCUGUGUUUGUGUCUGUGUUUAUGUCUGUGUAUAUGUCUGUGUUUAUGUCUGUGUUUGUGUCUGUGUUUAUGUCUGUGUAUAUGUCUGUGUUUAUGUCUGUGUUUGUGUCUGUGUAUGUUAUAUAGCUGAGCCUUUAAGUUGUCUAUUGUCUUCUGAAUCUCAGUCAUGAUCUUAUAAGAUAGUAUCACAGACGCAUGGAAACGUAUGAAAUUGGAUUCGCAUUUAUUAUUGUAUGUUUUUGUCUGUCGAAAGUUUAACUCAAGUCAACUGUUUCCGGAGGAGUUUCAUACGCACAAAAGGCCGUCAUCUUGUGUGUUUUCUUUCGAAAGACAAUCAUCUCGGUUGUCCAUUUUCCAUCAACGGAAGCCCUCCAUUGAAAAACCAUUGACUCAAGCCAUUGUUUUCCUCACACAAACUUCCUGUCUGGCCACAGCCUUGGUAAUUGAUCAGGGCCCGGUUCCCCAAAAGCAUCUUGAGGCUAAGUUUAUCUUAGAACCAUAGGAUCCUUGAGAUGUUUUUGGGAAACCGGGCCUUGGUAGAUUUCUCUCGUCCUCUUGCCUGUUGUCCAUCCAUCAUCAAAUCAGAUCCCCCUACUUCCUUUAAAAACUGGCCUUCAUGUGCUUUCAUAUAUCUACUUCACAAAUGCAGUAUUUAUGCAAUACAAAUGCAGUAUUUAUGCAAUACAAAUACAAAAAUAAAAGGUGGUGUUUUUUGUUAUAUGGAAAUUACAUUGACAAGUAUUUUUCAUGGUGCUAACGUUUAGCCUUAAAAAAAUAAAUAUUGUAAUGUAUUGCAAAUGUGGUUUUAUAUGACCUUCUAGAAUAUCGUCCUGUAGGUUUGUAAUUUAUACUUUAAUAUGAUGUACUUUUGACUUAAAACAUUUUGUCCCUUUUUGUAGUUGUGUUUUUCAUAAGGUUACAAAAUUCUGGUAACAUUACCACAAGUCCCAGGUGUUCCAGCAACCCCGGUUGGAAGAUUCCUGGAAUCAGGAAGUAAUAAAGCAGGACAUCUGGGAAAUAUAGGAAUCCUACAACUGGGAAUUCUGGGAAAAGUUACCAGAUUUUUUAAAGAAAUGUGCAACCCUAGUUUUGUAUUGUUUAUGGUUCAUUAGGAUAAAUCCUAUAGUUGCUGUCAUCAGUCUGUUUUAACACCAGUGAACCUCAUCAUACAGGUAGAUAUAUUGUGACCUGUAGAGCUCUGGUUAAAAGCAGUGCUCUAUGUUUUGGGAAUAGGGUGACAUUUGGAAUGCACUAUGGUUGUACCUAAUAAGUACUGCACCUGAUACUUGGCAAUGGUAGAGAACAAUAAACAUCAGAUUUCCAAACGA